CCCAGUCUACAACUGAACCAUCGUUCCAACAACCUAUUGGUGAAACAUGUGAAAUGUCUCACAAUGUGCCUGAAUGUAGAGUUGACCAUGCAAUUGUAUUAGCUGCGCCUGGGUAUCAAGAUAGGGCUGAUGAAGUUGUCUCUGCGACAGAGCACGUAAACAGGGCCGGAUGUGCUACCUCAAAGGAGCUUCAGACUGCCGUGGAUAGCAUCACAGCCAUGUCUGGGUGUGAUACAUCAGAGGAGGUUACUGCUGCCCUGGAUAGCAUCACAGCCAUGUCUGGGUGUGAUACAUCAGAGGAGGUUACUGCUGCCCUGGAUAGCAUGACAUGUGUCACGGGUACCGAGAGAGCUCCGGAUGAUAUGCUAACCGAUGUGGAAUAUGCAAAUGCCUUUCAAGAGAGUGAAGUGUCCCAAGCAUCCAAGCCACAUUUCAGUAGGCCACAGUGGAACGUUGACUCUUGUCCAGGUUCAAUAUUUUCUGCUACAACCGAUCCCCUUCCCACUAUGAAACCACCUUCAAGCGCCAUCUGUAAUGAGGUAACCCAGCUUACAGAUGUGGAACUCAGCACCUUCAACGCCUGUAUUGGUGACAUGGCCCCUCUCGGGUACCCAGAGAACUCCAUGGCUGCUCUUGAGAGGGUCUGUGGUGAAUAUGUCUUUCAACAACAACAGUCGGCACAGCCUCUAGAGCCCCAGCAGGUUGAGGUGCAUCUGGAAACGUUUCAUCAAGUGCCGCAGCAGGAGGCCCGGGUCCUACAUCCCCAACAACCAGCAUCUCAAGUGCCUGAAACUCCACAGCAGACUGUUGACAUACAAGGGUUCAACGUGUGCAAACCCAAGCCAGUGACAUCUUUACAGUCGCAAAGGACAUUGUUCCCCACACCACCACAAUCCGAAGCAGCUGUCACCUAUGAAGAAUCCGUGCCUGGUCCCAGCCGAUAUAACCUGUACAGCGACGGGGCUACCGUGUCGUCCAUUGCGAUGAUAAUCCCUGUGAUGAAACAGAUGAUUUCAUCACAGCGCCACGUGUAG